UGUCCGUCAGGCGGCGGCGGCGGAGUGGCGAUGGCGGCUUAUCAGAGUUUGCUGCAGGAAUACCGGAGGAUGCCAACCGUCACCCGGGCCUACACCACUGCCUGUGUGCUCACCACGGCGGCCGUGCAACUAGAGUUCAUCACCCCAUUCCAGCUUUAUUUCAAUCCUGACCUGAUAGUCAAGAAGUAUCAGGUGUGGAGACUACUAACCAACUUUCUUUUCUUUGGACCGUUGGGAUUUAGUUUUUUGUUCAAUAUGAUCUUUUUAUACAGAUAUUGUCGAAUGUUGGAAGAAGGAUCAUUCAGGGGAAGAACGGCUGACUUUCUGCUGAUGUUUAUUUUUGGUGGGUUUUUAAUGACACUGUUUGGAAUCUUUGCAAGCUUGUUCUUCCUGGGCCAGGCCUUCACUAUCAUGCUGGUGUACAUCUGGAGCAGGAGGAACCCAUUUGUACGAAUGAAUUUCUUUGGGCUGCUAAACUUCCAGGCUCCAUUCUUACCAUGGGUGCUAAUGGGAUUCUCACUGCUUCUGGGCAACUCUGUCAUCGUUGACUUGUUGGGGAUUGCAGUUGGCCAUAUAUAUUACUUCCUGGAAGAUGUCUUCCCAAAUCAGCCGGGAGGAGUGAAGUUACUGGUAACCCCGGGGUUUCUGAAGGCAAUAUUUGACGUCGCAGACGAAGAUCCCAAUUACAACAUGCUGCCUGAAGAUCAGCCUGGGGGGUUGAACUGGGGCCAGGGGCAAAGACUCAGGGGGCAGAACGAACAGGACCCUAACGCACUGCAGUGAUACUCCAUAUUCUUUCAAGAGACUGGUCAUUACUGAACUGAAGAAAGUUGAUUUUUUUAAUUUUCAUUUUAUGUAGAGAUUGUGGUCCAUUCACGGUCUUUGAUUUCCGACUAUGGCAAUUAAAAUGCUACCUAAUCACGAUUGUCGCAUCAGAAUCAUGGACAAAUUCCA